GAGUUUCAAAGUAAUAUCAGAAAAGGAUGAUCAUCAUUAAUAUUGAUAAAUACACGGAACAUGAGUUUGUUGUGUCGGCGUCGGCCAUAAUUUAAGUGUUCACUUUUCAUGGAUUUCAGCCAGUGUUAUGUCUAAUGGGCUGUGGAUAUGGGUUUGUGCCGUAACUGAGAUGUGAUGACAACUACUGGGAAUCAUGGAUUGUGAUAGUGUGGCCAUUGAAGUUGAAACUUUGCUCCAAUAAAAGACUGUUGCAGCUGAUGGCUUUUCCUUGAUCUCCCAGUACAUUUCAACUUCAGCGCCAUGGGUUUGCAAGGGGACCUCAACGCCCUCAAGAAACAGAGGGGAACUGCUAAAGGAAAGUUCACCAGGAAGGUAACUUUAUGUAAAGAAGGAAUAGACAGAGGUGAUGAUCUAUUAGUGUUGAAGACUAACUAUGAGGAAGUAAUAGAAGCAUUUAAGUGUUUAGAGUGUAAGAAUGAUGAACUGAUACAAUUUAUAUCUGAUAAUGAGGAUAAAUUAGAAGAUAAAAACCUGGAAGAAGAGGCUGAACAAUAUAUUUUAGAUAGUGAAAGAUUAAAGAAUGAACUGUGUGCUAAGAUAUUCAUGGUAAAUAAUGAGAAGAAGGCAACUGACAAACCAAAGGUUAAGGUAAAGAGAUUUGAACCUCCCAAGUUUGAAGGUAAUUUAAGAGAGUAUCCUACAUUUAAAGAGGAUUAUAAGAACUUGGUUCAAAGUGAAUAUGGUGCUGAUCCAUAUGCACUCAAAAUGUGUUUAGGUGGGGAGGCACUCCAGGCAGUAAAGGGCUCGGAGGGUAAUUAUGAUGAAAUGUUUAAGCGGUUGGAUGACAAAUUUGGUAACCCAAGGAAAAUUGUAGACUUGGUGAUAAGUGAUCUCAAAUCGCUGAGGAAGAUAUCAGAUGGUGAUACUAAAGGGUUUAUUAAAAUGGUUGAUCAGGUUGAACAAUGUUGGUUAGAUUUAAAAAGGGUAAAUCUAUCUGAUGAACUCAAUACAGCUAAUGUUGUUAGCCAUAUUGAGAAAAUUCUGCCUUCACUCCAAAAAAGAGAAUGGGUAAUUAAAGCAAGUGAUAUCUCGGUCACUGGUGAAUUGUUUUCUGAGCUGUUAGGUUUCUUGCAGAAAGAAAGGAAGGUUUUGGAGUACAUGAAUUCAAAUGUAAGAACUAGUACUAGUGAUAGCAGAGCAACAGUACAUCAUGUUGAAAAUGUGGUCGAAAACAAUUCGGAGUCAGAGUUGGUUAAGCUGAUGAGAAAAUUGAAUGAAGAACAACAGAGCAAGAAUAGGGAAUUUGAGUCAUGCAUUGUAAAUUUGAAUGAAAUGAUAAAGGGUAUUAAAUGCAAGGACAAUAUAAGUGUUUUAAAGGGAUAUCAUUCAGCACGUGGGUGUAAAGUAGGCAAAUUGUGUGAUGCAGUCAUUGAAGGACAAGGACCAUGUAAUCGGAAUCAUCAUCCACUUUUGCAUCAAGACAGAAUAGAAAGCAAUUCUCACAAUGCAGUAAUGGAGAAGAAGGAUGGCCAAGAAGUUAGGAUUGAGUGGAAAGGACGUCAAUUAUCUUUGAUCAAGGUAGGCAACACAACUGAACAUCAGUCAAGUAAAGCAUACUGUGUACCAUUAACUGAUAAGAAUGGUAAAGUUUGGAAUGUGGAUGCUGUCGGUAUGAAUGAAAUAUCUUCCAAAGUUAAAAGGAUUGAUUUGUCCAGAUUACCUGAACUUUUUAUAAGAAUCUCGAACUUGGAGGUGGAUCUCCCAUGUGGGGAAAUUGAUAUGCUCAUCGGUACAGAUUGUUGUGAAAUACUGCCAAGGGUUGUUGAACAAAAUGAGGGUAUUCAGUUGCUGGAAAAUCAAUUCGGGUUCAGCAUUCGAGGUAGACAUGACAAGAUUACCAAUGGAUCCAACACCAGCAAUCAUACACUUAAUCCAAAUCACUCCAAUAAACGCAUUGUCUUCAACUCUUCUGCGUCAUACAUGGUGCAGAAGUUAAAUGAUUUCUGGGCAAAGGCCAGAUACCUGACAGCUUACUGGGAGUUUUUGUUUAUGUUUAGACAAGAAUAA